AUGGUCUCUCAAGCUCAAAUCGUUGAUCGGGCUUCGACGGCUCAAAGCACUGCGUCCUUGGUGUCGCGUCCCUCCGGUAGACGGCAUCGAUCUGGUCGAUCGCACCACGGCGGCUCGCAUUCCUCCUCAAACGAUUUCCCCAUUUUCACCUACACUGGCGACACAGAGGUUGUGAUUCGCGCCGGAUCGCAAGAGAGGCGCUAUCUACUCCACCGAUUGAUAUUGGCGCAAUGUUCGGGCUUCUUUGAAGCGAGCACAAAUGAGGACUGGUCGCGCCAGACGACCUUGGGUGCGUUCAAGCCGGAGGGAACAUUAUCCCGAGUGAGCGAGGAUGAUUAUUUGUCCAAUGGGUCAACACUGGUCCCCUCGGAUCAUGGAACUCCCACGCGACCAGGGGAAAAGAGACGCUGGCGCUACGAGUUAGACUGGGAGAAUCGCGCCGAGGAUGAAGAGGUGAUACUGGUACAAAAGCCCCCAACUUAUGCGCCCAUGUUCACUGGCGACCAAAGUACAUUCCCCUCGACAAUGACCAAGCCAUCCAACGCCCAGGCGGGGUUCUUUCGAUCGAUGGCGAACCUGACGGGGAUGCAGUCAGUAGCCCACCUACCACAGACUGGAGACCAUGGAGCGACUGUCGACCCUCUUAUACGCGACUAUGACAACUUACUACGGCUGUUCUACAAUCAUCCACCCAUAAUCAACAGUGUCAACAUUGCCUCUGCCUAUACAGAGUGUAAAUCCCUCCUUGCAUUGGCGGAUAUGUACGAUGCGCUUCCCGUAACAGGGCCCCGCGUUGAUCACCACCUACUCGGCUUUGGAUCGCGACUCUUCAAACAAAUCGCCAAAUACCCACCGAGCUACUUGAAGCUAGGCUACCUGGCGCGUAGCCGAGUCAUAUUCUCCGAAGCCUUGAUCCAUGUUGUAGGACAGUGGCCCGCCGCGCUACCAAGCAUGCGAAAUGGAUCAUACGCGCCCUUACCCGAAUCGCUCCUGGACCUGAUCGAAGACAAAGCGGAAGAUCUCGGUGAUCUCAAAGCCCGCGUUGAAUCCAAGCUCUUGCGCCUAUCUCUCACCACCUCUCGAGGGGAACGCGUCGGCCCCUCCAACGCGUACAUUGACUGGCUUGCUGUGUCCCUCUUCCGCCAAUGGUUAAUAGAAAGCACCACUCCCCCGCCAGCCCCCAUUCUCAAGAACUCAGGGCCAAGCGAUGGCCCCACUCACCCCACUGGCUCAGCUUCGCACCCGGCUAGCGCGCCCCGGCCAGCCUCCCAAGACCCGUCUGCGCGCAUCUAUAGGUUGAUCGGCUCGUCGUCCGCACAGGCAUACCUGCCUCACGACGAGCUGAAGCGCUUUCUUAAACUUCACCCUACGCCGUCCGCUGGCUCGCUGUACACGCGCGAGACCUUGAAGCGCUUCGAGCGCAAAAUGGAUGAAAUUAAGCGGUUGGCGAGAGAUAUCGUCAAGCCGUUGAUGCGCAAUUUCCUCGAGCUGGAGCUGAAAGGACCGUCUGAUCAGCCUCUUGGUCCUGCUGGUCCUCGUGAGGGGACGCCCGCUGGAUUGCCGUAUUUGACAUGCACCCGUGUUGAAGAGUCAGAUUUGCCUUGGAACUAA